AUGAAAGUGAUAUUAAUGUUUGGCAAUGGACCUGGUUUUAUUCCAGUGAAGGCUGCUGUCAAAGAUCAUGUGAUUAUGCUUUCUGAGGUUGAAAUGGAAUUUCUUAUAUGCAUGUCUAUUAAAGGUAAUCAUAUUUCACCAAAUAUUAUUCAAGAAACAACUGCAUUAUCUCGAAUUAAUUUAAGUAGAAAAGCAAGUGAUCUUGCAAUUACAAACCAUCAAGCAGAUAAGCAAACAACAAAAAAAAUAAAAAUAAAAUUCUUUACGCUACAUAAUGAUAAUUCACAAAAUGAACUUGAACAUUUAUAUAGUGAUCAAAAUUUGAUAUGUGAUGACAUGAAGCUUCAUCAACUUAUUGAAAGAGACAGUUUAU